AUGUCAAGCUCCACUGGAAAUUCCUCUGGGGCUCUAGCUGGAGACUUCAUGCAGACUUACAUGGUCGGUUUGGCGGGGGCCUGUGAUCUGCUAGGCAAAGGUGGAUUUGGUGUUGUGUAUGAGGCGAGACGUUUGGAGGAUGAUCUUAAAGUGGCGGUCAAAUAUGUCGAUAAGACCAAAAACUACAAGGAAGGUUUAUGCAUUCAUGGGUAUCAGCAACUUCUUCCAAUGGAGAUCGCCCUCACAAUCCUGGCAAAUAAAGGCCCCAGAGCGCCAGAGAUCAUCCAGCUGCUGGACUGGAAGGACUACGAUGACCAUUUCGUCAUGAUCCUUGAAUGUCCCUCUCCUUGCGAGACUUUGGAAGACUUUAUGAGGCGUCAGGGUGGAAGUCUCAACGAGAGCUUAGCACGGCAAGUCAUGAGGCAGGCGGCUCAGGCUGCGAACGUGUGCUGCCAGCGCCAAGUGUUCCACCGUGACAUUAAACUGAACAACCUUCUCAUCAACAACCAGACACUUGAAGUCAAAUUAAUUGACUUUGGGUGUGGGGACAUUCUGAGGACAACUGUCUACAUGUCAUACUGUGGCACAGCAAUAUACUCCCCUCCUGAGUUUCACAUAAAGGGGAAGUACCAUGGCAAGCCUGCGACGGUUUGGUCACUGGGGGUUCUGUUAUUCAGAAUAGUGGCCGGAUAUUUUCCAGAUUUCUUAGAUCUGCACAUGCUCAAACUGCACUUCUGUUUCAAAACUGGCCUGUCAAAAGAAUGCUGCAGAUUGCUCCACGCUCUCCUGCAAGAAAAGCCGAAGAAGCGAAUUCAACUGGAGGAAAUCCUUUCCCACAAGUGGUUUACGGUCACCACAUAA